AUGGGUCACUGGCGUCAAAGCUUUCUUUUUCUGGCUCACUCUCUCCCCUGCCGGCUCGACCAAAGGGAGCGCGUGCGUGCGUGAGUACGUAAAGAGGGGCGCGCGGGGUCUCUCAGCCCAACGUCUUUCCCUGCCGCGCCGCCAUUUUGUUCCUCUUUCCUCAACAGCCUCGAAGCGGCCUUUCUAAGGUCUGACUGGGAAGAAAAAAGAUGGCCCGGCCCUGCCUGAAGGGAAGCUACGGCGUCUUUCGGAAUCCGCGACACCUUCCAGGCUGGGAGAAGCGACCACAGGGCUAGAAAAGGUGGGAAUGGAGUCGAGGAGGAGGGAGCCGGAGCCGGCGUGCCCUGGCUUGGGGCCUUGUACGCCGCCCUCGCCGCCUCCUCCUCAGCCCGGCGAGGCCCCGUUUUCCCUGCUGAGGCUCUUCUUGCAGCUGCUGCAGCGCCUCCUGCCCAGCCCGGCAGUUCCUCUUUUCUGGCUCCAGGCCGAGGCCCAGACCUCGGUGCCCGGAUGGGAGGCGCCCGGCCUGGCCCCCCUCUUGGCCGCCCACCACGAGCUGCGCAUGGUCUCCUCCGCCUCCUUCGACAAGAGCUCGGUGCCUGGCUCCUUGACGGCCUCCUGGGAGGAACUAGACGAGGCUUCCCGCCUGCGCUCCAAGUUCCCCAGCCUCUUGGAGCGGGUGCAUGUGAAGGGCCCUCCCGCCGCUCUCGACUCGCCAGAUCCCGACUUCGGCUAUCAUAGUUUGGAGGUCGAGGAGAUAACGACACAGCCGGAUCCUUGUGAUACAAACGCUGCCAGAGCGGGGGAGUGUUGCCAGGAAUCGCAGGAAGACCCUGUUGGAGGGAGUCCCUGCCGGGAGGGAUCAGCUGAGGUCGAGUCCAGCUGCGAUGAUGAAGAUUCUGAUAUAGAACAAGAUCUACCUGUUGAGGCCCGGCCUGCCUGUAGCAACAAACUCAUCGAUUACAUCUUGGGGGGCGCUUGUAGCGAGGAGGAGGAGGAGGAGGAGGAGGAAGAACAACUUUGGGAUGGGGUGGAGGAAGAAGAUGAUGGGUUUGAUAGUGAAGGAUCCCUCUCAGAUUCUGAUAUCUCCAGCCAGGAUGGGGAAAGCCUUCACUUGUGGAACUCUUUUUGCAGCUUGGAUCCUUACGACCUUGGAAACUUUACUGCCCCAAUUCAAACUACUGCACCGGAGACUAGGCCUAUCUCAGAGCCGCCUGAGGUAGAGGUGGCAGCAGAGGACUCUUCCUCAUGGACAGAAAGUUCUUGUGAGGACGAGGAAUGGGAGUGCGGCAGCAUAGACGAAUCGGCAAACUUGAAAUUGUGGAACUCCUUUUGUAACCUGGAGGAUCCCUAUAACCCUUUCAAUUUCACGGCACAAUUUCAGACUGUGGAAAAGAAAGGGAGAUGUGACUUGAAAGGGCCACCAGGCUCUCAAAGUAGCAUCUUGUUCAGCUGUCAGGUGCAUUUGCUUGAUAAGAGCAAUUCUGAAGCUACAGAGACUGUGAAGUAUGACAUUCUUUCUAGAGAAAAGUGCAAGACGAAGAAAAAGGUGACCUUCCUUGAAGAAGUUGUUGAGUAUUAUAUAAGUAGUGAGGAAGAUCGUAAAGGACCCUGGGAAGAACUUGCACGGGAUGGGUGCCGAUUCCUUAAAAGAAUUCAGGAAACUGAAAAUGCUAUUGGAUAUUGCUUAACAAUGGAGCACAGGCAGCAAAUAUUUAACAGACUCGUGGAAAGAUCAGAUAUUUCCUAGCACCUUAAUAAAACCUAAAAUUAAAAGGCUAACUCAUUUUAGUGACACCUGUGAGCAUAAUAUUAACAACUGUCAGCUGCCUUUUAAAUGGGAAGAUGGAAUGAUUUUAAUACUGCAUCACAAUACUCUAGCAAAAAACAUGCUAGGUGUAGUUGUUUGCGGUGUUAAAACAAAUUCAACAUAUUUAAUACAUAAUUUGUUUCCUUCUGAAACCAAGAAUAUCAAUUUUUGAGGAAACCAGUCCAGAAAUGUAUCCUUGUGUAUGUGUGCAUACCUGCUCUGUUGCGUUUACCACAAAAAAUAUGUGAGUGCAGACAGGCAGAUAGGGUUGUGGAAUUUUGCACUUUUAAAACAGGAAGAUAUUUUUGAAGUAUAUUUAUUGGGGUUGGAAGCCAGCAAUGAGGUUUUGGUUUAAAGUUUGAGUAUUGCUACCUGUUUUCAUGUUUGUUGAACUUGUCAACGUUAGAAAUCAAAUAUCCUAAUCGUCUUAUGAUUGAAUUAGUUUCUGUUUUAUUUUUCAGCCUUAUUAUAAAAGAGCAUUGUGUCUUUGCACUAAAGUUGCAACAUUCUGGGAGUUCAGACUGCCAAAACAUUAUUAAUAGUGUAGUUUUCCUCCCUUUUAGCUCUCUGUCAGUCUAACAGCAAGUUGCACAACAUUCCCCUCAAAGGAGGUUUCCUGAAAUUCUACAGCAGUUCCACUUGUUCCCAUUAUUUUUUUAAUCAAACUAUCUAUGAGGUCAGUUCUUGGAAUGGAUAAAAACACAAUUGCUGAUUUGGUUACAGGAUAUUCUCCUUAAACCAUGGAAAUUAUUAGGUGUUCCAAGAUUUGCAAUGCCAAUACUUUUCCUCCUUUAAAAUCAGUAUUAAUAUAAUAGUUUGUUUCACAGCAUAAGUGCUUGAAAAGAUCAUUUUGUUAUACUGUUUUGUAGUUAUGAGACAAAAACUUGAUUUAUCAGGAAUGCUAUUGGGAGUUUUAUUUUGGAUUCCAAAGAAUUAUUUAAAUGACAGAUACAUUGUUUGAAAUACUUCAGCUUUAAAAUUGCUGUGUCAAAUGAACAUUCAGUUCCCUAUAUACUUCAUGUUUCUACAGCAAGCUCGAGUAACAGAAGUAGCUGAAAGCUAUGAUAGGAUGUAAACAUAUUCUUCCAGUUACACAUUUUAACAAUAACCAGGCCUAGGUAUUCUGAGCUCUUUUUUUUUUUUUUUGAGGGGGGGGGGGGUAAUAGCAUUCUGAAAUCCUCAUUUUGAUACAUUAAUAGGCAUGGAAGAAAGGGGGCACAUAAAUGAGCCUUCCCGAGUUUUGAUGGAGAUUGUUUCACAACUUUAGAUCAUGGUAUUGAAGUAUGUUGAUAUUCCGAGAUGAACUGCUGUAGACUUCAUUUAAUCAUCUAGAAUUCUACUAAGACUAUGAUCUUGUGUUGAUACAUAAGUCGUAUUUGAGCUCACUGCUAAAGUAGGAUUGGGCUACAGACAUUAUAGUAGUAAGAACAGAAAAUCUUUCCAGUCCCAUACUCUUUCAAGUAUUGUCUAUUGUUAGCCAUCUGCUGACUAUUUGGCUGAAGGCAAAUUCUUUUCCCCCCCUUGAAGUCAUGGAAAUAAUUUAUACAAUGGUGGACUUUUACAUAAUCUUUCUCUUUCCAUGGAAAUAUUUAGUGGUGCUACACAUGGUAGUGAUGUCUCUACAGUUUCAUUGAAUUAGCAAAACAAGUAGCCUUCUAAAACUUUAAAUCAGAACCGUAAUUAUCAGAAUUUUAUUUUUGUAUCAUUUUAUGAAGAGAAAGGUAAAUCCAGACUACCUUUCACUUUAUACAAAUAUAAAUGGACUUGAUUAUACCUUAUUAGAUUUUUAUAUUUAAAAUUAUAUUUCUGUAUAUAAUAAAACAACUGAAAACUAAUGUGUAGAAUAUAAUAAAGAAAUUUUGCAAGUUACUUUUAAAUUGUCUGGAAAAAUAAGCCACAUCAUGACAGUAUUUACAUGUAGCUGCUAUGACAGAUGGAUGGAAAAUAUGACGGUGAAUUUUAUAUUGUCUAAGGUAAUAUAUUUGGAGUGGUCAGACAUGUGUUUGAUUGUAUGAUUUGAUCUAAACACCUUUUUACACUGCAUAUCAAGAAUCAGUUCUUGCCUUCAAGACUGCAUCUUAUGUAAUGAUACUGAUCAUUAUUUUCUUAAUUAUUUGCUGCCAAAUUUUGGUAGUAAACCAACUUACUAAUUUGUUAGGAGUGGAUUCUUAGUAUUGAAGGGCAGCCACAGAAAAGGGAUUUGGAAGCCAUAUAGCCCAUAGACUCUACUUUUUCUAUCCUGAUAUAAACUCUUGCAAUAGUCCUUACUGUCCUUUCGAGAUCUGUUCAUACCACUUAUAUGUAGAAUAUGAAGUCUAAACAUGCUGUGUCCAAAUAGUGCAGAUCUUUCAGUUUGCUUGUACUGACAUUUCUACAUCUUUACAAGACUUGCUUUGUUUGUGCUGUUGCCUCUGUAUAAAUGAACUUUUAUUGGUAAGUCUAACAUCUAGAUAAAGCUGGCUGAUUCUUCUUA